AUGACAGCAUCCAUAUCCUCUUCUGAUACCAUAUAUGCACUAUCGACAUCACCAGGAAAGGCAGGUGUAGCUAUCAUACGUAUAUCCGGCCCUAAUGCACGACAAGUAAGAGACAAGUUUGAUAUAAAAAAAAAAAAAAAAGGUUUACCGCGGCAAGCAGCUUUUCGUCGAAUCCUUCAUCCUUUCUCUCGACUUGUUUUGGAUCGUGGUUUGGUUCUCUUAUUUCCAGGUCCUCAUAGUUUUACGGGUGAAGAUAUUGUCGAACUCCAUGUCCAUGGUGGUAAUGCUGUGAUUCGAAGUAUAUUGGAUGCUUUGAAUGAAUUACCUCAAUUUCGACUGGCCGAACAAGGUGAAUAUGCAAGAAGGGCUUUUGAUAAUGGUAAACUUGAUCUCACAGAGCUGGAAGGCUUGGCUGAUUUACUCAAUGCAGAAACCGAACUUCAACGACAAUUGGCUCUUCGACAAGCAGAGGGUGGACUACGUAUUCCUUUUGACUCCUGGAGGGAGAAAAUCAUUCAUUCUAUGGCUAUUGCUGAAGCUGUUAUUGAUUUUGGAGAAGAUGAAAAUAUUGAAGAUGGUGUCCUAGAUGAUGUGAUGAUGAAUAUUGGAGAAUUAAGGGAUACAAUCAAACAACAUUUGGAUGACAAUCAUGCUGGUGAAAUUGUACGAAAUGGUGUUCAAGUUGCUAUUGUUGGUCCACCAAAUGCAGGAAAAAGUUCAUUGCUGAAUCGAUUAGCCAAACGGGAAGCAGCUAUUGUAUCUGAUAUACCAGGAACAACUCGCGAUGUGGUAGAAGUGACAAUGAAUCUAGGUGGCUAUCCUGUGAUUCUAAGUGAUACGGCAGGACUUCGAGAAUCAGAUGAUCGAAUUGAAAUGGAAGGUGUUCGACGAGCAAAAGCACGAGUGGAAUUAUCAGAUAUCAAAAUUUGUCUUUUAUCUCUCUCAACCUUAACUACAACAGAAAAUACUCAACAUCAAAUUCAUAUGGAUCCAGUUGUUCGACAAGUCAUUGAUCAAGAUACAUAUAUUAUUCUAAAUAAACAAGAUAUGAUACCUGGUAUCUCUCCAUUGGAAAUGGCAAAUCAAAUUCAACGUGAAACGGGUGCUCGCAAAGUAUGGUCUAUCAGCUGCAAAACAGGUCAAGGUAUGGAUGUCUUUUUAAAAGAUAUGAUUCAAGUUUUGAAAUCAAGAUUCGAUCAAUCUCUAGCCAAUCCUGUACUAAUUACUCAAGCUCGCCAUCGUCAACAUUUGGAAAAUUGUGUAGACUGUCUUGAUGCUUUCUUAGAUAUGCCAGCUGGAGAAAUCGUUCUUGGAGCAGAAGAAUUACGUCAAGCUGCUAAUGCACUCGGAAGAAUCACCGGUAGAAUAGAUGUAGAAGAUGUAUUAGAUGCAUUAUUUGGACAAUUCUGUAUAGGAAAAUAG